AUGGAGAACCUUGGAUCAUAUAGUAGAUCACAGGGGUUUGUAAACCUCUUAACAAGUCAAGAGGAACACACACUCUGUUUUUCACCGAGUCUAGACCUUGGAUCAUCUGAAGUUCCAAGUUUUAGAACCCAAGUCUCUGAUCAACCGAAUACUGCUGCUGAUGAGCGUAAAGAGAGGAGGAAGUGGUCGCCUGUGGAAGAUGUGGUGUUGAUAAGCACUUGGUUGAACACUUUUAAAGACCCAGUCAUCAGCAAUGAACAUAAAGCAGGUUCUUUUUGGAAAAGAAUCAAAGCAUAUUUUAACCAUUCACCACAGCUGGUGAAUGAACAAGAUGGAGAGUCUGUUCAGCUUAAGCAGAGGUGGCAGCAGAUUAACGACCAUGUAUGUAAGUUUGUUGGCUGUUAUGAAACUGCCAUGAAGGAGCAAACCAGUGGGCAAAAUGAGAAUGACGUGAUGAAGGCAGACACGACCAUAAAUGGUGGGAACUUGAACAUGCUUGGAGGGAACUUAGACACGACGAUAAAUGGUGCUAAAGAAGGUGGAAAGCCAAAAAAAAGGAAGCUUGAUGACACUUCAGCUCAUUCUUCAAGCUCACAAACCCAAAGUACCUUAAACGAUAUUAACGUUCUUGAGCGUUCACCUGUUUAUGAUGACAUAUUACAAGGUCGAGCUCCAAAAUUGCAAUACUGGGUGAACGGACACAAGUAUAAUUUGGCUUACUACCUCACAGACGAAACUUGGCCUAUAGUGGGAAAGGAUUUGGUGGUAGCGGUUCAAUCUUUUUUUAAGCUUGGUUUUCUUCCCAAAGGUGCAAAUUCGACGAUCUUAGCAUUGAUUCCAAAGAAGAAGGAGGCUAAGACGAUGAAAGAUUACAGACCAAUCUCAUGUUGUAAUGUAAUCUACAAAAUCAUAUCAAAGAUUCUUGCAAACAGGCUUAAAGUUGUGCUUCCGAAGUUCAUCGCCCCUAAUCAAUCAGCAUUUGUGAAAGAUCGUCUGUUAAUGGAAAAUCUACUCCUUGCUACGGAGCUGGUCAAGGACUAUCAUAAAGAAACCAUUACUCCAAGAUGUGCUAUGAAAAUAGACAUAUCCAAAGCAUUUGAUUCAGUUCAAUGGAGGUUUCUGCUGAAUACUCUCAAGGCUUUGAACAUCCCAGAAAAAUAUGUUCAUUGGAUCGAUUUAUGUAUCUCCACUGCAUCCUUUUCAGUGCAAGUAAAUUGUGAGCUUGCUGGGUAUUUUGGAAGCAAGAGAGGACUUAGGCAAGGAUGCUCUCUCUCUCCAUACCUCUUUGUUAUAUGUAUGAAUGUUCUGUCAAAAAAACUGGAUAAAGCAGCUUUGGAAGGAAAGUUUGGUUAUCAUCCUACUUGUCAAGAGCUACAGCUUACCCACUUAUGUUUUGCUGAUGAUCUAAUGGUAUUUGUGGAUGGGAAUAAGAGAUCGGUGGAAGGUGUUUUGGAGGUUUUUGAUGAUUUUGCUAUCCACUCUGGUUUGCAUAUAAGCUUGGAGAAAUCAACCAUCUACAUGGCUGGUAUUGAGAAUGUAGAAAAGGAAGCUAUUAUUGAACAGUUUCCGUUUGAGUCAGGAAAUCUCCCAGUGCGAUACCUUGGGCUCCCACUUCUAACAAGGAGAAUGACAUCAGCUGACUACUUACCGCUUAUUGAAAAGAUCAGGUCUCAGAUUACUUCUUGGUCUGCGAGACCUUUAUCAUUUGGUGGCAGGCUUCAGCUUCUGAACUCAGUCGUUUUCAGCCUCACAAACUUCUGGAUAUCAGCAUUUAGGCUUCCAAAAUCGUGUAUACAGGAGAUAGACAAGCUGUGUUCAGCUUUCUUAUGGUCAGGGCCAGCUUUAAACUCGAGAAAAACAAAAGUUGCUUGGUCGGUGGUUACCACUCCAAAGAGAGAAGGAGGUCUCGGACUGAAAUCUUUGGAGGUGGCUAAUAAGGUCAGUGUGCUCAAAAUUAUUUGGAGGCUUUUGUCCAAGAAAUCCUUAUGGGUAGAUUGGGUGAAGCAACAUUUAAUAAGAGGGGGUUCUUUCUGGUCAGUAACGGAGAACUCGGUGAGGGGAUCGUGGAUAUGGAAGAAACUAUUGAAAUACAGAGUUGUGGCAAAAACUCUUUAUAAAUGGGAUUUGAAAAAUGGAUUCUCUAUUUCAUUCUGGUUUGACGAGUGGAGCUCAAUGGGUUGUCUUUUUGAUAUAUUUGGUUCGCGAGGAUGCAUAGACCUGGGCGUAUCUCUGAACGCCACGUUGGGCAGUAUAUUAGACAGAACUAGAAUCAGAAGACACCGAUACCCACUUCUGAGACAGAUUGAAGAUGAGCUUGUUGAAGCUAAGAGAAAUAGAAUGGUGGAUGAAGAGGAUGUUGCACUCUGGAAGAACAAAACCGGUCUUUACACUAGUCGAUUCCUUACCAAAGACACUCUGGGGAACUUGAGGUCUCCAAAUCCUGAUUGGGAAGCUCACAAAGCUAUCUGGUUCCAGUUUUCCACGCCAAAGUAUGCUUUUGUGACUUGGCUUGCAGCUCGUAACAGACUAGAAACAGGGGAAAGAAUGGAGAGAUGGAACAUAAAUGUUAACCUGGGAUGCUCUUUCUGCACGGAACCACGAGAAACUCGUGAGCACCUAUUUUUUAGCUGCCCCUUUACAAGCCUGAUAUGGGAGAAGCUGGUAAAGGGAAUUCAAGGCACCAACUAUACGAGCAAUUGGCAGAGUAUUCUCGCCAUUCUGAUGACGAUGGGGACGAAGGAUUCACGAUCUUUCAUUGUGAAGUAUGCAUUUCAGAUGGCAAUACAUUCAAUUUGGAGGGAGAGAAAUCGGCGAAGACAUGGAGAGGACCACUGUACGAAUGAACAACUUCUGAAAACAAUGGAUGUCAUCAUGAGAAACAGGCUCAGCACAAUCAGAUUGCAAGGGAAACAUCAGUUUGAAGAUGGUGUACGAGUGUGGUUUGCCACAAAAGCUUCUUAG